AUGGCCGGGCUUGUGGUCAGUGGAACUCAAGUGUCCUACAUAGGCCAGGACUGCAGAGAGAUUCCAGAGCACCUCGGCAGGGACUGUGGACACUUUGCAAAGAGGCUUGAUCUGAGCUUUAACCUUCUGAGUACUAGGCUUCCCUGGUGUGUCAAGAAGAUUCCCUGGAGAAGGAUCUGGUAUGCUUGCCUGGGAAAUCCCACAGACAGAAGAACCUGGUGGACUACAAUCCUUGGGGUCACAAAGAGUAGGACAUGA